GGGAGUGAUAGAGAGACUGUGUAUGUGUCUGUGCGUCUCAGCUUGAGGGGGGGGGCCCUGGCGCGGCCAGAGAGAGGCGCUUUUCACUUCCCAGCGGUGGGAAGUGCUAGGUUGUGAUUGGUCAGCCUAGCCUAGCGCGCGCCCCUCUUUCGGAAAGGGAGGCAGAACGAAGAGGAGGAGGAGGAGAAGGUCGAUGGCUGAGUAUUCUCAGGCACGCGCACGCACGCUGUGUGGCUCGCGCCCGCCCGCGCGCCCACUUCCCCCAGGAGUGCGCAUGCCCAGUGCGGAGAUGGGGGGCAGGCAGCGCGAUGGUGGAGCGAGGCUGCUGAUGGCGGCGCUGCGCUGAGCAGGAGGAGGAGGAGGAGGCUGAAGGAGCCCGUCGCCACCCCGGCUGCCCCCGCCGCCUCCACCGCCUCCACCGCCCGCCAUGGGCAACGAGGCCAGCCUGGAGGGCGGGGGAGCCGAGGGGCAGCUGCCCUUAGGCCCCUCCGCCGCAGCCUCCGCCGCCUCGCCCGGGACCGCCAAGCCUCCUUCAGCACCAGGCAUCGGAGGACAGCUCCCAGCAGGAAGGGCUCCCUCCACCGCCGCCUCCGCUCAGCAGCCGCCCGGACCCUCCUCCAGCACACCAAGAAGACCAGAUCAAUCAGACCCUUCCUUUGGACAGAGAGCAGCUUCUCCAUCCCUGAAGCAGGCUGUUCAGACCAGUGAAAGCACAAGAGAGAUAAGAAGCCAUGGGCAGCCUCCACAACAGGCUGAUGGGCCCAGAAGAACUCUCCAAGUGGAUAGCAGGGACCAGAGACCAGGACGUUCACCAUCUGCAUCACCCGACCGAGGCAGCACCCCUACCUCACCAUAUUCUGUCCCGCAGAUUGCACCCCUUCCUAGUAGCACUCUGUGUCCUAUAUGCAAGACAACAGAACUCACCUCUUCUCCUAACCAGCCAAACUUCAAUACCUGUACACAGUGUCACAACAAGGUCUGCAAUCAAUGUGGAUUCAACCCCAAUCCCCACCUAACUGAGGUGCAAGAAUGGUUAUGUUUAAACUGCCAGAUGCAGAGAGCUUUGGGGAUGGACAUGACCACUGCACCCCGCUCCAAAAGCCAGCAGCAGCUUCACUCCCCUUCCCUUUCGCCAUCUCAUUCCCCAGCCAAACAGCCACCAACACAGCCCCAAGUAGCCCCAGGACUGGAGAAACAACCAGGAGCUAUGCAGCUGGGCCCCAGGCCAGGUGCUGGUGUCAUGCAGCCGGAGACCCCCAAACCAUCCCCAGCUUCAGCACAGAGGGAACAACACAGCCAAGUCCAGCCAAAACCUGCUGCUCCUCAGGAAGCGGUGAGGUCUUCCCCGCAGCAUCAGCAAGCAAAGCCUUCAUCCACUGAUCAGAGAAAGACUGUGGGAGACUCCCCAGCUAAGACUCCAGCUCCAGCCCCUGGCACGGGGGUACAAGAGCAACCCCAAGAGGGCCUCACUGGGAAACUCUUUGGAUUUGGGGCUUCUCUCUUGACUCAAGCAAGCACACUUAUGUCUGUUCAGCCAGAGGCCACCCCACCGAGUCAACAAUCCCCUGGCAAAGUGCCUCCAAAAAUUGUCUUCAGUGAUGCCAGCAAAGAAGCUGGCCCAAAAGCCCCAGGCGCUGCACCUGGAAUGCAGGGUAAGGCUGGAACUGUCCCAGCUGCAAAGCAAGUGAAAGCAGAACAAGUAACCAAGCCAAAGGAAGUGCCGAAAGAAAGGGUCUUGUGCCCCCUCUGCAAAGCGCAGCUCAAUGUGGGCUCUGGGGAACCCUCCAACUAUAAUACUUGUACAUCCUGUAAGCAGCAGGUCUGCAACAUGUGUGGAUUCAACCCAACACCUCAUCUGGUGGAGAUAUAUAUAUUAUGCAAAAUUUGUGUGCUUCGAUAUAAACCACAGUUCAUCAAUUCCACACAAUGAACACAACACCUCAAGUGUGAAGACCUGAAGAACUUCAGUAGCCCAUCUUAAAUAGUAACUGGAGAGAUUACCAACUUCAUCACUGAAAGGGAAUUAGCCUAUCCAGUUUGACCCUUGAAACUGCACUGCUCAGUUAUAGUGAUAAGUAUUCAACACGUCUGCUGGUAUUUCUGCUUUGCUGCUACAAUUGUACUCUGCAGUAGAUGUUCUUGACUGACAUUGAUAAAAUUGAAGAAUUUAGAAAGUGCAUUGUUGAUGACCCACUUAUUUUUCAUUUACUGAAAAAUAGAAUAAAAUAAGUUAGGCUUGACAUAUAGGGUACGUUUCCAGUAUACAAAGAAAGAGGCAGCUAUUACUGAGAUUAACAAAUUCAUUAUUUGACAAGAUCAUUAAAUAAUUCAAACACACAUCUCAAAAUCAUUUGUGCUUCAGGUGUAAGAAAGGCUCACCAAUUCACCUUUGACAGUCUCCAGAUAAAAUCAACAUGUUAUUGGCUGAUUUAGGAACAGUAACAAAAAGUCAUUCAUGCUUCAACAGUAAUGUAUACUCCAAUUUAUCAAAAGAGCACUUAACAAGUUAAUUAGCUGAUUCAAAAAGAGUAGCUGGUUUAUUCAAGAAGAGUACAACACUCUGUAGGUCAUCAAAAGGGCAUAGCUGCAGAACAGGUAGAUUAACACAUUCUACUCUAGUACCAAUUUCGUAGAUCUAGUUGUUAGACAGUUUAGAGAACAAUGAUGUCUGUCUCUCAGGCCUUAGAUUCCCCAGGGAAUUACUGGAUGGACUCCCAUGGCUAAACAAGCUAAAGGAAAAGGACAGCUAGCAAGUCUGGAGUUCUUGAAGAAGGAGUUGCAAAAAGCACAAUCACAAAUAAUCCCAUGAAAAAUGAAACAUGGGAAACAUCUGAAAAAGUCAAUUUGGCUGCACAGCAAAUGU